GCGGGCGGCCGGCGGAUGCGGACGGAGGCACGGACACGUGCGGAGCGAUGGCGCGGGAGGGCGCGGGGCUCUUCGCCCCGUUCCGGGUGCUCGGCCGCUUCAGCGGGCACGUCCCGCACGUCCUGCGCUAUCACGGCCGCCACCGCGAGUUCUACCUGGCCGCCGCCGUCGGGCGCAGCGUCCACACCUACAAUGUGAAGAAGCUUGGUAUUGUUGCUGUGAGUAAUACUUUGCCUCAAGACAUCACAUGUUUGGCAGCAGAUCGCAUGUUGAUAUUUGCUUCAUACGACAAUGUUCUCCAUGCYUUUGCCAGGAACAAAGAGGUGGUUCAUACCUAUGAAGGCCACAAGGCAAGGAUACACCUUCUACAGCCUUUUGGUGAUCAUAUCAUCUCUGUGGAUGUUGAUAAUGUCCUUAUWGUUUGGAAUAUACAGUCAGAAGAGGAAUAUCUUCAGUUAGAUUUUGAUAAAGCCACUUUCACGGUUUCUGCAAUUCUGCAUCCCAGCACCUAUCUGAAUAAAAUUCUCCUUGGGAGCGAACAAGGAACCUUGCAGUUAUGGAAUAUCAGAUCCAACAAACUCUUGUACUCGUUUCCAGGAUGGGGCUUAGCAGUCACAACUCUUGCACAAGCUCCAGCAGUGGAUGUUGUUGCAGUUGGCCUUGUAUCUGGUCAUAUCGUUGUACAUAAUAUUAAGUUUGAUGAAACUCUGAUGAAAUUCCAGCAGGACUGGGGUCCCAUCACAGCGAUAUCUUUUCGCACCGAUGGACACCCAGUAAUGGCAGCUGGUAGCCCAGUUGGACACAUUGCUUUGUGGGAUCUAGAAGAGAAGAAACUGAUGUGCCAGAUGCAAGAUGCCCAUUCCACAGCAAUAGCUGGCAUGUCAUUCGUCCCUGGAGAGCCACUUCUUAUUACUAAUGGUGCUGACAAUGCUCUACGGGUGUGGAUCUUUGAUGGCCCUGGUGGUGCAGGUCGUGUACUGAGAAACCGAAUGGGACACAGUGCACCACCGACAAAAAUCAGAUACCAUGGACUGAAUGGAGAGCAAAUUCUCAGUGCAGGUCAAGAUGGGACCCUGCAGUCUUUUUCAACAGUGCAUGAAAAGUUCAAUAAAAGUUUAGGACGUGGUUCAAUUAACAAAAAGAAAUCGAAAAAGAAAGGCCUUAAGCUGGAUACAAUGGCACUUCCACCGAUCACAGCCUUUGCUUCAGAAGUGGCCCAUCAGAGUGACUGGGAUGGUAUUAUUGCUUGCCACCAAGGGUAUAUAACCUGUACCACSUGGAACUAUCAGAAAACCUCCAUGGGAGCUCACAAACUGAGACCAGAAGAAUUUAGCAAACACAAACCUAUUGAYAUAUAUGCAACAGCAGUUGACAUAACCUCGUGUGGCAACUUUGCUGUGAUUGGGUUGUCAACAGGACAGGUAGAUGUGUAUAACAUGCAGUCUGGCAUCCACAGAGGGCAGUACGGCAAAGACAAAGCACAUGAAGGGGCCGUUAGAGGRCUAGCAGUGGAUGGAUUGAACCAGCUAGUAAUCACAGCUGGUAGCGAAGGAUUAAUUAAAUUUUGGAAAUUCAAAACAAAAGAUCUAGUUUACUGCACUGAACUUUCUUCUUCACCGAGUGGAAUUCUGCUUCACAGAGACAGUGGUAUUCUGGGAAUUGCCYUUGAUGACUUCACUAUUAGUGUUUUGGACAUAGAAACCAGAAAGAUUGUCAGGACAUUCUCAGGACACCAUGGACGCAUUAAUGAUAUGACUUUCAGUCCUGAUGGUCGUUGGUUGAUAACUUCAUCAAUGGACUGUUCCAUUAAGACAUGGGACCUUCCCUCUGGAUGCCUCAUAGAUAGUUUUUUGGUAGACUCUGCAGCUGUGAGCCUCACUAUGUCCCCUACGGGAGAUUUUCUGGCUUCAGCACAUGUGGAUGAUCUUGGAAUUUAUUUGUGGUCAAACCGUGCUUUGUAUUCUCUUGUGUCAUUACGGCCGCUUCCUGCCGAUUAUGAGCCUUCUUUGGUGGCACUCCCCAGCACCUGCCCCAUGCAAGAUGUGGAUGCGUCAGGAGAUGAAGAGCCAUAUGAUGAAAUGAUAGAAUAUGUCUCACCUGCACAACUGGGAGAGCAGCUGGUGACCCUUUCUUUGCUACCUGAAUCAAGGUGGAAAAAUCUCCUCAACCUCAAUAUUAUCAAGAAAAAAAAUAAACCAAGAGAGCCACCAAAAGUUCCAAAGUCAGCGCCUUUCUUCAUCCCAACACUUCCUGGUCUUAUACCCCGAUACAUUCCGCCAGAGGAGGAAAAUGAUGCACAGUCAAAGGUAGUAAACCUUGGAGUACUGGCACAGAAAUCUGAUUUCUGCAUUCAUCUUGAAGAAGCCCUGAGCACCAACGAAUAUAAAGCUCCACUUGACUUGCUGAAAAGCUUGGGGCCAUCAAAUAUUGAGAUAGAGCUACGGAGUUUGGCCCCUGAAGGUGGUGGCUCGAUGGAGGUGAUGCUGAGCUUUCUGAGAAUGAUUGAGAUGAUGCUGAACAAGAAGUACAACUUUGAACUUGCUCAGGCAUAUCUGGCACUAUUUUUAAAGUUGCAUCUUAAGAUUCUCUCAUCGGAGCCAAACCUGUUGGAAGAGUUGUCCAAAUUGUCAAUGCAACUUGAGGAAACUUGGAUUCACUUGCGGGCUCUCUUCAAUCAGAGUCUGUGUGUUUUAACAUACAUGAAAAGUGCUUUACUGUAAAAUAGUUCAGGGUUUUGUCUGCAUAAGAUCACCCUCAGAAUAACAGUACAAUUCAUUACCAAAAAUACCAGAUUCCAAAAAUCAUACUGGGUCUUGGAAUCGUAAAAUCAUUAAGAUUGGGAAAAACCUCUGAGACCAUCAAGUCCAACCUUCUGCUGAGCACCACCCUGUACACUAAGCAAUAUCACUAAGUGCCAGACCCCUCACUUUUUUAAUACUUCCAGGGAUGGUGAUUCCACCAUUCCAUUCCAGUGCUUCUUCUGUAUUUUAUACAUCCGGGUAUGGCAGGGUAUUUCAGAACAUGCAUGCCUGCCUCUUUUUGUUCACUUCAGGUAGAGAAAGAGUUACUAUGUGCAGCUAAAAUAUUUGUUGUGUCUGUGCUGUCUAUGGUUUAAGGUCCUGAGCAGCCUCGCCUUGUGGAAGGUGCCUUUGCCUGUGGCAGGGGAUUGAAAGCAGAUGAUCUUUAAAGUUCUUUCCAGACCAAGCCAUUCAUUGAUUCUCUGGUUCUAAGACUACAUAAAAUGUAGUUGCCUUAGGCUUUCAUGCCCAAAACUGUAAAUCACAAGAAAAAAGAGGGGGGAUAAAAGGUGGGAAUGCAAUUUCUGUGCUGACCAAAACCUGUAUUAUGCUUAAUAAAGUCAUUGUUGAUACAAAAAUAAAAA